GAGAGAGAGAGAGAGAGAGAGAGGAGGAGGGAGAGAAUGUCCGACGCGACGGUCAGGUUCAGCGUCCUCUGCAGCAUGUUCCAGGCCAUGGUCAGGAACAAGACCUCGGCCUUGAAGCGGAAGCAUUUCCGGAAAUUCCUGGACUACGUCUACUCCUCCCGCGACUAUUUCAGUGCCGUCCGUCUCAUCCUUCCACCCCUCGAUCGGGAGCGCGGAUCCUACGGCCUCAAGGAGUCCGUACUCGCCACCUGCCUCAUCGACGCCCUCGGCAUCUCCCGCGAGUCUGAAGACGCCCUUCGCCUCGUCAACUGGCGGAAAGCUGGCUCCAAGGUCGGCGUCAAUGCGGGCAACUUCGCCCUCGUUGCUGCCGAGGUGCUACAACGCCGGCAAGGGACAGCUUCUGGUGGAUUAACCAUCAAGGAGUUAAACGAUUCGCUUGAUCGGUUGGCUUCCAGUGAAAAUAGGGGAGAAAAGACUUCUGUUCUUUCGGAUCUCAUCAAGAAAACAAAUGCACUGGAAAUGAAGUGGAUUAUUAUGAUCAUUCUCAAAGAUUUGAAGCUGGGAGUUAGCGAAAAGAGCAUUUUCCAUGAAUUUCAUCCUGACGCUGAAGACUUGUUCAAUGUCACCUGUGACUUGAAACUAGUUUGUGAAAAGCUGAAGGAUCGAGCUCAGCGGCACAAAAGACAGGACAUAGAAGUGGGGAAACCUGUGCGGCCUCAACUAGCUCUGAGAGUUAGCGAUGCUGCUACUGCAUGGAAGAAGCUCCAUGGCAAGCAAGUGGUUGUUGAGUGCAAAUUUGAUGGCGACCGUAUUCAAAUUCAUAAGAAUGGAACAGAUAUACACUUUUUCUCAAGGAACUUUAUCGAUCACCCUGAGUAUGGCCAUUCUAUGUCAAACCUUAUCAUUCAGAACAUCAUGGUUGACAGGUGCAUACUUGAUGGGGAAAUGUUGGUCUGGGACACAUCUGCCAAUCGUUUUGCAGAAUUUGGCUCAAAUCAAGAAAUAGCAAAAGCAGCUAAGGAGGGCUUGCAGAGCGAUCGACAGGUUUGCCUCUAUGUUGCUUUUGAUAUUCUUUAUGUAGGAGACACAAGCGUUAUUCAUCAAAGCUUGAAGGAACGGCAUGAGCUUCUUCGGAAAGUUGUCAAGCCUUUGAAGGGUCGUUUGGAAAUUUUAGUGCCUAAUGGUGGUCUUAAUGUUCAUAGUCCAUCAGGGGAACCAUGCUGGUCUCUCAUUGCAUUUAAUGUGGAAGAAGUUGAAAGAUUUUUCAAAGAAACCAUCGAGAAUAGAGAUGAAGGAAUUGUGCUGAAAGACCUUGGUUCUAAGUGGGAACCUAGUGAUCGGAGUGGAAAGUGGCUGAAGUUGAAGCCUGAUUACAUACGUGCUGGUUGUGAUUUGGAUGUUUUAAUCAUAGGAGGAUACUUUGGCUCAGGGCGUCAUGGAGGUGAGGUUGCUCAAUUUUUGGUGGCUCUUGCGGAGCGGGCAACCCCCAAUGCCUACCCUAAACGAUUUAUUUCAUUUUGUAGAGUGGGCACGGGACUCUCUGAUGAUGAGCUUGAUACUCUCAUUACAAAAUUGAAACCCUAUUUCAGGAAAAAUGAGCACCCGAAGAAGGCACCGAGUUUUUAUGAAGUUACAAAUAAUUCGAAGGAGAGGCCGGAUGUUUGGAUCGAUAGCCCUGAAAAAUCAAUUAUACUUUCCAUUACAAGUGAUAUUCGAACAAUAAAGUCGACGGUAUUUGCUGCACCAUACAGUCUAAGAUUUCCUCGCAUUGAUCGAGUGAGAUAUGACAAACCUUGGCAUGAGUGUCUUGAUGUGCAAUCAUUUGUAGACUUGGUACAUUCAAGCAAUGGUAAUGCACAAAGGGGAGCAGAUCUUGGAGGGUUGCCAGGCCACAAAUCAAAACCCACUAAGUCAUCAAGAAAAGUAGAGAAAAAGACUGUUUCUGUUGUCCCUUCUCAUCUCACGCAGACUGAUGUUUCAGGGGUCAAGGGGGCGACAUACAUCUUCACAAACAUGAUGUUUUACUUCGUCAAUGUGCCUCCAUCCUACUCUUUAGAUUCUUUCCACAAAAUGGUGGCUGAGAACGGGGGUGCCUUUUCGAUGAAUCUCAACGACUCAGUUACGCAUUGCAUAGCAGCAGAGAAAAAAGGCAUCAAAUAUCAGGCUACUAUGCUUCGUGGAGAUAUAAUUCACUACUCUUGGGUCUUGGAUUGCUGUUCGCAAAAACGACUCCUGCCUUUGCAACCCAAGUACUUCCUCUUCUUCGCGGGCUCUUCAAAGCACAAGCUACAAGAAGAGGUUGAUGCAUUCUCUGAUUAUUAUUACUGUGAUCUUGAUAUUACAGAUCUUAAACAGCUCUUCAGCAACAUGGACAGAUCGGGAGACCCCAAAAGAAUUCACUAUUAUAAGAAGAAGUAUUGUCCAAUGGAAAAAUGGCGUUUGUUUCAGGACUGUUGUGUUUACUUCUUCCAUUCAAUGCAUUCAGUUGCGGACUGCAAAGUCUUAUUGGAGCUUGCCAUGAGGAGGUUGAAACUUGAAGUUUCAAUGUAUGGUGGUGAAAUCAGCAAUGAUCUUUCAUGUGCUACUCAUCUGGUGGUCUUUUCAGUAAGGGAGUCAGAUGUGGCCUUUGAUAUGGUACUCAAAAGUAUUCCAGCCGAAAAGAGACACUUUCUACAUAAGAAACAAUUGCAUGUUGUGGGGCAUCAAUGGCUGGAAGAUUCUUUGGAGAAGGGUAAGAAGUUGCAGGAGGAUGCAUACAAUUUGAAGCCUGAAGGCUUUGAAGAAGCAGAUAUUGAAGAACAAAGUGUACAACCUGUAGAGGUCGAGACCCACUUAGAUAAUGAAGAGAAGGAGCUAUUGUCGACAUCACCUAACAGAGAUGAAAAUCGGAAAAGAGGUAGACCUGCCAAUGCAAAUGCGAAAAGAGGAAGAGCCAGUUUUCGGCCAGCUCGAAAGACACGGGCAAGGCAUGCACCUGCUAAAAUAGACCAAAAUGAAUCAGAAAACAGCUUUUCCUCAGAAGAAAGAAGUAGGAAGGAAGAAAACAAAUUAAAAAGUGGGUCUAUUGGUUAUCACGGGAUCACGGUGGAGGAAAAGAAGAGUACUGAUGAGAAUGAAAGACUGGGCAGUUACAAUAAUUCGUGUAGGAUCAAAACAGCCAAACAGAAAGAUACCCCAGGUGAUGAAAGAGGCAGACCCACACGUGCAAAUGCGAAAAGAGGAAGAGUUGGUUUGCAACCUGCUCGAAGAACACGAGCAAGGCAUUCAAACAAACCUGCUAAAAUAGACCAAAAUGAAUCAGAAAACGGUUUUUCCUCAGAAGAAAGCAGUAAGAAAGAAGAAACCGAGUCAAAAAGCGGGUCUGUUGAUCAUCAUGGGAUCGCAACAGAGGAAAAGAAGAGUACUGAUGAGAACGUUCUUAAAAGACCGGGCAGUUCCAAUAAUUCACAUAGGAUUGAAACAACAAAACAGAAAGAUGCCCAAGAUGAUGAAGACAGUGAAGGGUCUGAUAAUCUGCAGGAGAUUGAAGCAGGGGAAAAUAAGGCAAUCCAAGAGGUGGAAAAGGCUGGAGGGUCUGGAAACACACACAGAAUAAAAGAAGAAGACAAAGGUACCACUGGAAAGCUUGAGCUGAUGAUCGAUCCAGUCCAAGCAAUGUUGCUGGACAUGAUCCCUACCCUCAACCGGAACAAAGCUGAAACUGAAAAACCUGUUGUUGAAGAUGAGAAGCCAAUGAGUCUUGACGAAAACCCAUUGAAAAAGAAAAAGGUUAGCUACAAAGAUGUUGCAGGUGAAUUGCUCAAGGACUGGUAAAACCCAUACCUCAUUGAUUACACUUGUAAGCAUAACUUAAAAUAUAUUUCUACUUGUAUGCUCAUAUCAUGCAAAUGUGUUUUGUUACAGAAACACCA